AUGGAAAAUCAAAACAAUAUAUCAAUACAAGAUGUAAUGUCUAAACCGACAGAAUCAGAAACUAGUUUCACUAGUGAUUUUAAAAAAUCAUUGAAAAAUUUUGGUGUCUCUGAUCAAGGUAUUAGUUUAUUAGAUAAAGAUGAUGAUUUAUUUAAAAGAUUUGUAACAAGAGAUGAAAUUGAAAAACAAAAUGCAUUUUUAUUAAAGCAAGGUGAUUAUUUUACAAAAUCGGUGGAAUUGGAAGAAGAAAAUAUUUUCCUAAAAGAAAAAAUUGAAAAAUUAGAAAAAGAAAUUCAAAUUCAAAAUGAAAUCAUCUUAAAAUUAAGAAAUGAAAAAAAAUAA